AGGUAAAACAACCUCGGUAUAUUGUUAUGAAUAUUAUUUGAGGUACGUAAGAAAUGAACCUCAGCUCAGGCCGCUCUGAUCCGCUAGUUUUUAUAUAUUUUUUUUUUUGCGUCUUCGAGAAUACCAUAUGGAAUCAAGGUCAUAUAUCACGUCACGGUCACUUUUUACGGUAACCUGAAGAUCCGGCGUUAUAAAUCCGUAUUUUUUGCGUGAAUCAAUCAUUCUGAACGAGGUCUUGCACGCUACAUGUAGCCCUAAUAGCCAUGGAAGGAAACUUUCCACCUGGUUUCCACCUUCCUGAGAGGGAGCAACAAGAAACUGGGCAACAGCAACCACAGCCACAACAACCAUCGCAACAGCAACAUGUUGCCCACUAUCCUUUUGAUUUGCCAAUACCAUACCACACACCGUCACAACACCAGGCUGAUUAUAUGGAGGACCAGCCAACCAGGGUAUUCCCCUUGCCACACCCAGUCACACAGAUGUUCACACCAGUCUAUCAUGAUUCUGGGCCUGCGCAUUCAUCUGCAAAGCAUUUGCAUCAUACCCUUCCUCAACGACCAAUCGCAUACGGAGGUCACAGGGCCAAGUAUCCAGGUCUUCAAGAGAAUUUCACGCCACCCCUCACAACCCAAGAACCAGAUGUAGAAACAACCAACUUACCAACCACAAGUCUCGGAUCAGCCUCCACUAAUCGUGACAUUUCUCCGGAUGCUGCCAUUCCACUGACUGCAACUCAUGAAUCAUCAUCAGAGAGCAACAUUCCACCUACUACAGACGCUGCUUCAGGUUCUAAACAAGUGCAGUCCCAGGGAGAUAAAGAUGAGGAAAAGGAGGCCAGGCCAACACCACGAUCUCCAAGCAGUUCUACCAAGGAACCACAGCUGCUGGCAGCUCUCAAACUGAAAAAAGUUAGCUCUGUUAUGGAGAUACCACCAUCCCUCGAGCUAAGGGUGCCAUCACAGGACAAAGUGGAUGGAGUAUUCGCCAAGGAAACGAUAGAGAAGGGGACAGAAUUUGGACCCUACGUAGGAAUCUUGAUGAAUGAGGAACAGGGUUUUGCAAGGGAAACAACUUGGGAGCUUUGUAUCACAGGGAAAGUUUUCUUCUACAUCGAUGGGCAGAAGACUUGGAUGUCUCAUCUGAGGUUUGCACAUAGCGAUGAGGAGCAAAACAUAGAGGCGUAUCAGUACUGCGGCGAUAUCUACUUUCGAAGCACAAAGGUCAUUGACCCAGGAAGUGAACUGAGAGUGUUCUAUAGCAAGGAUUAUGGGAAGUGUGUUGGUAUUGAGAUGGCACUGGAAGAUCUGAAGUUUCAUGAAGAUUCACAAAAGUUCCAAUGUAGCCUGUGUGAGGACAUGUUCACAUCCCCCAAAUUAAUCCUGAGACAUAUCAGAUGUGAACACAACCAUGGCAAACCGGAAGAGAUGGUUCCAGUAGUUACUUGGAAGAAAAGGAAGAAAAGGAAAUCUGUGGCGAUUGAAGUCAGCUCCAAAAAGCAACUAGGAAGUCAGCUGAAAGUGAAUGAUCAGGACAAAUCCAAAUUUAAGUGUAAAACUUGUCAGGAGACCUUCCCUUCUUUCGCCAGACUAAAGGCACAUGAGCUAUUCCACGAGAAAGAGGAGGCGUCUACAGAAAUUGAGGAAGAUUCUACAGAACCUUUCAAAGAACACACAAAUAAAAUGUUUGAAUGCAGUGAGUGCAAUAAAGUUUACAAAUGUGUGCGUUCGGUCACUAGGCACAAGAGGAGGGUUCAUGGGCAUCGCUGUGAAUACUGCGGGGAAAGAUUCCCGAACAAGAAAGAUUGUGUAAAACAUGAGCAGACACACCAAGCAUUUAAAUCAUCUGGUGCAACAGAGACUAUGUCUUCUGGAAUGACCAAUGCCCGUCCAGCAAAUAGCGGGGAACCCCCUGGCAUUCAACCCUCAGAACCGGCACCUGAUGAGCCAAAGGAUAUGCUUGGUAGAUCUUCUAGUUAUUACAAACAUCCUUAUAAAUGUCGCUUUUGCACGAAGAGAUAUGCUAAAAGGUUAGCAGCUGAGUACCAUGAAAAAGAGGUUCACAUGGGCGAGGGGGAUUUCAAAUGCAGCUAUUGUACCAAGGUAUUCAGCACCAUCAGUCGUCUCAAUAGUCACCUCGCUGCACAUAAGUAUGUGAACAUGUAUCCGUGCACAGAGUGUCCAAAGAGUUUUGCUUCAGAGAGCGCCCUUAACAACCAUCAAGGAGAACACACAGGACUCAAACCAUUCAAAUGUGACAUCUGUGACCGAGGAUUCAGAACUAGGAAGUUGACUCUUAGCCACAAGAGACGCGUGCACAGUGAGCGCCCGAAGCGCUUCAUCUGCACCUUCUGUGAGAAAGGUUUUGCCGAUAAGUGGGACUUGAAGGUCCAUGAAAGGCGUCACAAGGGUAUCAGGCAACAUGUUUGCCUAGAUUGUGGGAAGGGUUUCACGUCCGUUACCUCUCUGGCUGCGCACAAUCAAGCCAUGCAUAUUAAGACCAAACCUUUCUCCUGUGGAAUCUGUGGUAAAAGCUUUGCAUUGAAUCAUCGGUACAACUAUCACAUGGCUAGGCAUAGACUGGAGGGAGAGGAUCAGCCACAGACAAUCAGCUCUUAAAUAAUCUCUUAUUACUAUUAGCAUUAAUCUGGAAUUCGGGUCAUGGCUUCUAUGUAAUACUGUAUUAAACAUGUACAAUUUUUGUGUCAACGUGCACCUCACCUGACAGCCAUGGUGUUUGUAUUCCAAAAGCUCUCUCUUGAAUGCUGUUACUCAAGCAUUUCUCUUGCUUAUUUAGUUGCCGCUGCAUUUUUUCAUUCAUCAUCUUAUUAUGCUUAUAUAUUUCUAAAUUUAGUUAUUGCCCAGUGGAUUAGUCUUCGGACUUUGAAACAGAGGGUCGUGGGUUCGAAUCCCAGCCAUGGCGUAAUUUCCUUCGGCAAGAAAUUUAUCCACAUUGUGUUGCACUCGACCCAGGUGAGGUGAAUGGGUACCCGGUAGGAUUUAUUCCUUGAAUGCUUUAGCGCCUAUAAGGCCGCUCAGCUACAGCCGGGGUAAUAAUAAUAUACCAAGUAUAUUUCAGCGCCUUGAGCACAUAAUCAAUGUGGAUUUGGCGCUUUAUAAAUACUCUAUAUUAUUAUUAUUAUUAUUAUUAUUGCUCCUCUGUUAUAACUCAGUCACUUUGCAAUGUAUUUUAUUGUCAUAUUACGAUUAUGUUUAUGCAUUGUAAAUUUAAUUUGAUUUUACAGUAAAUGCACAAACUCCUUGAAAAAAAAUGGUGGGAUUGAUGGCCUUGAAUAGGAGUUAAUUUUUUUUUAAAGAAAGGGGCAAAGAACUUUAUAUGGUCUAUGUAUUAAAACUAAUAUAAUUAUUGCCAAACGUUUUUCCUUUUUUAAGAUUGUUCUUUGGGCCUGAUGUUGCCAUCAUUAAAUGAUGAAAAUAUGGCCCAUGACUGCUAUGUAAAAAAACAUAAUUAAAUAAAAAAAACAAGGUUUUACAUCAAGCUAAUUAGAAUAUGAAUUAACACUUCUUAAAUUUGUCCAUUUUGGGAGCUAAAGGGAAUGUGUUGGCGGAAGUAAAUUCCACAGCCGAGCCGUCCUUGGAAUAUAUGAAGAUUGAUGAAGAGAAGUAUUUGACAUUGGGACAGUGACUCUGUAGGGGUGGGCAGCUGCAGUAGAGCGAGUCAAAUGGACAUUGGGGGCCAUUCCACACAACUCAAGGGAUAGUUUCAGGAAGAAGUGACGGUAGAAGGUACAGAGAGAUGCAACAUUUCUCCAGUGCUUGAGUGGAUAAAGCCCAUUUUUAGAAGGGUCUUCAAGUCUCAGGAGGCGGAGUGUUUGGAUUGUAAACAGAUGAAAAUCAUUUCAUAAUUGCUUUAUGGCAGUGCAAUUUGUAACUUUAUGUCAGAAAUAAAUAUUUUGGUAUGUCUUCGUCCUUA